AUGGCCCAGGCACUCCCCAAGUCCAGUGGCGCCCCAAGGCCGCGGGACCCCAGGCGGGGAGAGGGGGCCCUGAGUCCCAUGCCCCCAGAACCCACGACGGCGGGCGAGGCCCGGGCAGGUGGGGACGCUGUGCUGCGCCGUCUCCUGAGGCUGCACCGCACAGAGAUCGCCAUGGCCGUGGACAGCGCCUUCCCGCUGCUGCACGCACUGGCCGACCACGACGUGGUCCCCGAGGACAAGUUCCAGGAGACUCUGCGUCUGAAGGAGAAGGAAGGCUGCCCACAGGCCUUCCACGCGCUCCUCUCGUGGCUCCUGACCCAGGACGCAGCUGCCAUCCUGGACUUCUGGAGGGUUCUCUUUAAGGACUACAACCUGGAGAGAUAUGCCCGGCUACAGCCCAUCUUAGACGGCUUCCCCAAAGAUGUGGACCUCAGCCAGCCCCGGAAGGCGAGGAAGCCCCCGACGGGCCCCAAGGCCCCAGUGCUGCUGCCCAGACCCCCCACCAAGAGGAAGGCCCUGGAGGAGCCAAGAGUCGCCCUGCCUGUGGCAUCGUCUCCACGGGGGACCUCCAGCCCAGGCUCCCAGGCGAAGGCCAAGCCGUCCAGGAAGCCGGAGAGCAGCGCGGAGCCACAGCGCCUCCCGCCGGGAACCGGAAUUCAGACCAUGUCCACUUCGGUCCAGAGGGCCGUGACGGUGUCGUCGGGGGACGUCCCAGGAGCCUGUGGGGCGGUGGAGGGGAUCCUCAUCCAGCAGGUGUUCGAGUCAGGUGGAGGCAAGAAGUGCAUCCAGGUCGGGGGGGAGUUCUACACUCCCAGCAAGUUCGAAGACCCCAGCGGGGGGAAGAGCAAGACGCGGGGCAGUGGCCUGAAGACACUGGUCCGGGCCAAGGGGCCCCAGGCUUCUGCCCCCGGCGGAGGUGAGCAGAGAGCCGGCCAGCAGGGCAGGGCACAGGCGGCUCCCGCCCUCCCCAGCGAGCCCCAGCCCCACCAGAAGAACGAGGACGAGUGUGCCGUGUGCCGCGACGGGGGGGAGCUCAUCUGCUGCGACGGCUGCCCCCGGGCCUUCCACCUGGCCUGCCUGUCCCCGCCGCUCCGGGACAUUCCCAGCGGGACGUGGAGGUGUUCCAGAUGCCUGCAGGCAAGAGCCCCGCGGGACCUGCCCCGGCCGGAGGAGCCCCCGCCCACGGAGCCGCCCACGGAGCCCCCGGUCCUUCUGGGACUGAGGCUGACAGGAGAAGAGGCGAAGGGACUGUCCAGGGAGACCCUGGUCGGGGUCGACACUGCCGUCCCCUACAAGCACCUGCCAGCCCCACCUUCGGCGGCCCCCUUGACGGUGCUGGAACCCUCAGCCCUGCGCCCCCUACUGUGUGUGGGCCCUGAGGGGCAGCAGGGCCCCGCGGGCGCGCGGUGCAGCGUGUGCGGGGACGGCACGGACGCGCUGCGGUGCGCGCACUGCGCCGCCGCCUUCCACUGGCGCUGCCACUUCCCCGGGGCCGUCGCGCGGCCAGGGGCCGUCCCGCGCUGCCGAUCCUGCUCCGGGGACGCAGCCCCGGCCCCCGAGGAGGGGGCGACUGCCCCGAACCCCGCCCGCGCUUUGCUAGGGCCUGCCAAGGCGGGGGACAGUUCUGCUGGUCACGAGCCGGUUCUGCACAGGGACGACCUGGAAUCCCUCCUAAGCGAGCAUUCCUUCGACGGAAUCCUGCAGUGGGCCAUCCAGAGCAUGGCCCGCCCGAUGGCCGAGGCGCCCACCUUCCCCUCUUGA